AUGGCCGCUCUCGGCGCCCAGAAGUACACUCCCGCUGAGGAAUCUGAAAUCCAGGCCUGGCUCGCCAGGGCCCAGGAGCUCAAGGCCGGUGCUUCCGAUGCUGCUCUCGAUGCCCUCAAUGCCGAGCUUGCCACUCGCACCACCGCCCUUGGCACCAAGCCCAGCAAGGCAGAUAUCGCUCUUUAUGAGUCUCUCGCUCCCAUUGUGAAGUCGUGGGCCCCAGAGCAGCGCACUGGCGAGAACGGGCGCCCCAACAUUGUGCGUCUGGUCGAUUUUGUCCAGAACAGCCCCAUCUUCGGCCUCGAUGUUGCCGACGCCGACAAGGUCCAAGUCGAUCCCGAGGAGAUCCUUUACGUCAAGCCGCCAGCCGAUCCCAAGGCUGAGAAGGAGCGCUUGAAGAAGGAGAAGGCUGCCGCCGCCGCUGCUGCUGCCGCUUCCGCCGCCACCGGCAACCAGGCUCUUCCUGAUAGGACAAAGGAGAAGAAUGCCGGUGCUGCGGUUGAGCCCAAGGACAAGGUCGCUGACACUACCCCUGCUGCUGCCGAGGGCGGUAACGGGAAGCCCAAGAAGGAAAAGAAGGAGAAGAAGGAGCGUGCUCCCAAGCAGGCUCCUCCCCCUGCGCCCACUGUGCUGUCCCCUGGUCUCAUUGACCUGCGUGUCGGCCACAUCCUCAAGGCCAUCAAGCAUCCUGAGGCCGACUCUCUCUACGUCUCUACGAUCAACGUCGGCGACAAGCCAGGCACUGACGACACCGUCGAGUACGAGGGCCAGAUCUGCCGGACCGUGUGCUCCGGCCUGAAUGGCCUUGUCCCGCUCGAGGAGAUGCAGGGCCGUAAGGUUGUGGUGGUCUGCAAUCUGAAGCCUGUCAAGAUGCGCGGCAUCAAGUCGUGCGCCAUGGUCCUAGCUGCCUCCCCACGGCCUAAGGAGGGCGAAGAUGACCACAAGGGCCCCGUUGAGCUGGUCAACCCUCCUGCUGAUGCUAAGGCUGGCGAGCGUGUUUUCUUCGAGGGCUUCCAGGCUGAGCCCGAGAAGGUGCUUAACCCCAAGAAGAAGAUUUGGGAGACCUUCCAGCCCGGCUUCACCACCACUGACUCGCUUGAGGUGGCUUUUGAUCCCAGCGUCGUCGAGGCCCUGGAGGGCAAGACGGGUCUGGCGAAGUUGGUCACCGAGAGCGGUGGUGUGUGCACGGUUGCUAGCCUAAAGGGUGCUCAGGUACGGUAA